UAUAAGACGUAAAAAUACACUUAGAAUACAGAGAAAUAGAAAAUGGUCUCGAAUUAGCCAUCAAUGAAACCAAACGAAUUAUAGUGUUUAGUUGAAGGCAGCGACUGAUGCCCGCACAGUGAAUCGAAGUCUUCCCUCGCAAUCUCCGACUGUGAUCUCCGAUCUGAAAAAAUAUUCGGUGGGACGAUGAAUUUUCUGCUGCGGCCUGCCCAGACAGCGCCGCCUCCGGUGACAGAGCAGCCUUCUAGUUUAUCGGGGACAGAUGGGAUCUAUGUUACGAAGCAUGUGACCACGUUGGAGGGUCUUAUAGCCGAAGAUCCAUUUUCUCAGAGUCAUGCGGGUGAAGUUCGUGGAGGUGAUGCUGAUGGAAAUGGGGGUGAAAAUGGAAGCGGCGAGGGGACAAGAUCCAAGGAUGACUUGCCAGUUGUGGAGAACUACAUUGAUGUUGCUGAAGACGAAGGAUGCAUAAUCAUCCCAGAUAAGAACCUUCCUGAUAAUUGGAGUGAAGCAUCAGAUAUGGGUUCAUUUCGCUCUCUAGACCGCCAUUUUCUUUUUCCUGGUGAGCAAGUCCAUAUGUUAGCAUGCUUGUCUGCGUAUAAGCAGGAUAUAGAAAUUAUCACACCAUUUAAAGUUGCUGCCUUGAUGAGUAAAAAUGGCAUUGGGAAAAACACCAAGAAACAAAAUGGAAAUGUUGGAUAUGAAAUUGAUGCUGCUUCUGAGAGUGGGGAAGUGAGUCCGAUUAGUCAUGAUGUUGAUCAGGAUAGUGAUAAUCUUUCAGAAAAGAUUGAUCCACAAAAGGAUAUUUCUUCUGGUGAAUCUCUUCUUAGAAUGGAAGAUCGCAAACGACAAACUGAAAGACUGUUGCGAAAAUUUGAGAAUUCCCACUUCUUUGUUCGUAUUUCAGAAUCAGAUGAGCCGCUCUGGUCGAAAAGAAGCUCUCCAGAAGAAUCUUUUGAAUCUUCUUUGAAAAAAGGGGGCUCGCUUAAUGCAAUUAUUGACAGAGGAAACUUUGAUGCCAGUGUGUCUGGUGGAUUGGCUAGAAAUGCUAUUAAUUGUUGCUCUCUUCCUAAUGGAGACAUACUGGUACUUUUACAGGUAAAUGUGGGCGUUGAUUUUAUGAGAGAUCCCAUCCUGGAAAUAUUACAAUUUGAGAAAUAUCAGGAUAGAAAGUUGAGUUAUGAGAGCCUACACAACUCAGAUUGUGCAAGUAAGGACCCUUGUGGAGACUUGUUAAAAUGGUUGCUGCCAUUGGAUAAUUCUAUAGCGCCUCCAUCCCGACCUGUAUCUCCUCCAACCUUGAGUUCCAAUUCAUCUAUUCGUAGUACAUCAACGAAGCCAAACUUUUCUGCUUCAUCUGGUUCUCAGCUCUUUUCUUUUGGUCACUUUAGAAGUUAUUCCAUGUCUUCACUUCCACCAAACACUGUAGCACCUGCACCUGUACCUGUUGCAACCCCUAGUUCUAAACCAAAUAUUGAUCUCGAAGAUUGGGAUCAGUUUGCUUCUCAGAAAGUUAUAAAGAGUCAAAAGCCUGGGAGUGAAGGGCUUUUAUCCUUCCGAGGUGUAUCACUGGAGCCAGACAGAUUUUCUGUUCGAUGUGGAUUGGAAGGUAUUUACAGACCAGGAAGAAGGUGGAGGAGGAAAAUUGAAAUUAUUCAACCUAUAGAAAUUCGUUCUUUUGCAGCUGAUUGCAAUGCAGAUGACAUUCUCUGUGUCCAGAUAAAGAAUGUUUCUCCUGCUAAUGCUCCAGAUAUUGUCAUAUACUUGGAUGCCAUUACUGUUGUUUUUGAGGAGGUGUCUAAAGGUGGACCACCAAUUUCAUUACCAUUUGCGUGUAUUGAACCUGGGGAUGGCCACAGCUUGCCUAAUCUUGCCCUCAGGAGAGGUGAAGAACACUCUUUUAUUCUCAAACCAGCAACUUUGACGUGGAAGAAUACCAAGGGUCCUAGGGACAGAGUUUCUCAGUCAUCCCAUUCACAGGCUGGAUCAAAUUUGUCUCUUCCUGCCAAUACUUUGGGUGGGAAACAGAAUGCUUCAACUUCUGACCUCUAUGCCAUUCUAGUAUCAUGUCGGAGCAACUAUACGGAAUCAAAAAUGUUUUUCAAGCAGACAACAAGUUGGCAACCACGCAUUUUAAGGGAUCUUAUGAUCUCUGUUGCAUCUGAAAUGUCAGGACAAAAUUUUAGUCCACAUGGAAGAACUCAGCUUCCUGUUCAGGUGUUAACUCUUCAGGCUUCAAACUUAACAUCUGAAGAUCUAACAUUAACAGUGCUUGCUCCAGCUUCAUUUACUUCUCCUCCAUCAGUUGUGUCCUUAAAUUCUUCUCCCACAUCGCCAGUUAGCCCAUUUAUUAGUCAUUCUGAGUCUGUGUUACCAGUUAAUGGUGAACGACGAAGUUCUGCAAUGGAGAGUACAAGUUCAGCGUCUCCAGCUUUCAUAAAUCAGAGAGAGAAUGCAGAUGCUGGACUUUGGUCUGUUUCCUUUUGUGAGCAAAUCUCUGAUGUCCUUCCAAGUACUGAUUCAGGUUGCACUCAUUUGUGGCUGCAGAGCAGAGUUCCACUGGGAUCUGUGCCUGCCCAAUCCACGGCUACUGUCAAGCUUGAGGUUCUCCCAUUGACUGAUGGCAUUAUUACCCUGGAUUCCUUACAGAUUAAUGUUAAGGAGAAAGGUAUGACAUAUAUCCCAGAGCACUCGCUGAAGAUAAACGCGACGUCGAGCAUUGCCACCGGGAUUUUCUAGGAGUGUUGUGAUGAUGGAGAUGGGACUGUGGAGGAUAUGCUGAUUGAUACUCUUGAGAAAUAUGAUUGGUAUACAUCUUUUAUUCACUUAUUAUGAUCAGAGCAUGAAAAAUGAUCACAAAUUGUCCAUUUGUUUCAAUUGAGAGAGAACCGCCAUGAUUUGGAAUUUGUGUUUGUAACUCUGAACUCUUACCCUUGAAUCAGAAAAUCAAAAUUUACCUCUUAUUAAAGGCUAAAUUACAAGAAUCUUCACUAUUUUACCCUUGAUUG